AUGCGAUUUAUAAAUCUAUUGUUUGUAUUUGGAUUAGUCGCAAAUGGAGCUAGUAGGCCAUCCCAGGCUGAAAAUGAAAGAGAAGUAUAUGCGGAAUAUGAAGAAAAAGAGCCCACUGCUGAUGAAUAUAUAAAUGAGAACGAUAAGAACUCGCAAGAAAUAGAAACAAGAUCUGAAACUCAAGACGAGGGUGAUCGCAAACAGGCUCUGACAAAUAAUGAGUAUGAAAAUGCAAUGGAGAGAAAACUAUAUAAUAAUAAAAAUAUGGAUCACGCCGAAGAAAUGCCAUUAUCUGGUCGCUAUAAAUCUGAUUCAGGACACGACGAAAUCGAAGAGGAGGGAGAUUUUUCACAGCCAGCGCCAAACGCACGCUUUAAGACUUUUAAAAGAAACCAAAAUAAUGAAUAUAAAUCUGGUGAUUCAGACGUUAGCUCAAAUGAUAAUAAUAUGGAAAGUGAUCGUCGCAUGAUAAAGGAUAAGAGCGAUUAUAAUAACGAAGCCAUAGACCCGCGAGAUCAACCCCUGUAUAAACAGAUAACGUAUUAUAAUAAAGUACAGGGUGAUUUGUUUCACAAAAAGAAACCAAAUAGCGUUUUCGGUUCAAAUAGGGAUAGACGGGAAACUGUUCUAAAUCAGCAAGAAAACCUCAAUGAUGAUAAAAAUAUAGAGAAGAAAGGAGUAGAGAAUAACAAUGAAGAUAGUGUGUCUGCAAUUAAAAGAAACAUUAAAAAGCUUUCGAGAGAAGAACUUGAAGAUCUUCUAAACUCUCUAUCGGACGAUAAGAGAGCACUUCUUAAUAAAAUAAUUAGUAACAAAUUUACGAAUGAUAACGUGAAUAAGAGAGAAAUUACCAAAAAAGCCGGAGCCGUCGAGGAAAAUAAUUAUCUGGAAAAUAGCCGUUCGGAUUUAAAUAAACUUGAAAGUGGAAGUUCUGUGGACUCACUUUCAUCUUUAUCUCAAAGUGAAACAACUGAAACUACAAAACAAUCUGAGAGUAGUGAAAUUUCUAAAACAAAGGCUUCGGAAUCUGAUGAUAAUACUUCACCUAAUAAUGAAAGUAAAGAUGAAUUAAAUGAUAUUAACUUAAACAACAAUCAAGAAUCUAUGCAAGAUAAUGUCGCACUGUCCAAAGACAGUAAAGGGAACGAAAAAUCUAAGAACGAAAAUAAAAGGGAAAUAAAUAUUGAAGAAAUGACACCAGAUAAACCCGAGAUGAUUAACGAACCCUCGAAUAAUGAAAACUAUGAUUCAGAUAAAGAUGCUAAUUGGUCGGAAUUGAUGAAAGAUGAAUCUGAUUUGCAAGAAACUUAUAGCAAUCUUUAUAAACGAGGUGUCGACGAUUAUUCCAAUACAGCCGAUGUUAAAUCACUAGAAGAUUCGUUUCCAUUGAACGAAGCAGAGAAUACAAUAUCAUCCUAUUCUCAAAUGGCCCCUCUUAUCCGUGUAAAAAGAACAAAUAAUAUUAAGAGAUCUCAAGACCGUAGUCCAGGUAAUAUGAAAGUUCCAUAUUUCCCUGGUGCGGCCAAUGACGAUGACAACGAGAAGGACGAAUUUGACGAUGGAUUCAACUUUGAAAAUUCAUAUAACUAUGAAAAAGUCGGAAAGGAGGACAAUAAAAAUAUCGGUUACUAUGAUAUGCGUUCAAAUAGGAACUAUCAAUAUACUAAACCAAGUCGGAAGCCCGAAAAAGAUUCCGCAAAGAUUGGUUCAGAUACUGAUAACGUUCUUUCGAACGUUGAAGGAGUUGAUGAUAAUUUGAUGUACAAUAAUAAUGAAAUACGUAAGAAACGCAUUGCAGACGAUGCUGAUGCAAAUAAAUUGCAACAGGAAUCUCUGGAUUCUGCAGAAUCUUUUAACGAGAAUAACAUGAGCGAUUCACUAUCGAAGAAAGAUUUACAUUACCAAGAUCAGGACGCCAUUGGCGCCAUACAACGCGGUGCUAAUGAGGAACUUGGUCGAUAUAAAAGAAUACGAAGAUUAAACUCGCCUCCACAAGAGAACACACAGUAA